CCCCGCGUCAAGCUCACCACCAAGUAACUCGUUUGCUCUCAACCUAAGGCAUCUAGACGCUAUAGCGGUCUAUAUCAUAUCACUACCUAUGACGGUCGAGCUGAAUCACCCUCCUGAAAACCGCUGAACGUACAGAAUAGACCUCCUCGACUCGUACGCCGACUUCCACCAACCACACCCUCGAGACCGACCUCUAAGUCCAGCCCACGGAAAAAGAACACAAAAGGGGGAAGAGGAGAAGAAAAGAAAGGGUCAAACCGAACAAGAAAGGGAAAAAUCAAAAUAAAGAAAUGACGUCCCAAGUAGACAGUCACACAGGCGCGGGCGCAGCUUCGGCACCAUCGGCACCAGCCUUCAUCCCGCUCGAAGCGAACCCAGAGCUGCUCACCUCUCUACUGCACAAACUUGGCCUAUCAACAGCGCUGCAGAUGCACGACGUGUACAGUCUGACAGAGCCCUCACUGCUAUCCUUCAUCCCGCGGCCCGCGCUGGCGCUGCUGCUAGUUUUUCCCGUGUCGGCCGCGUACGAGUCGCACCGGCUGGCCGAGGACGCGGCCGAGGCCGAGUACAGUGGCAAAGGGGAAGCGGAGCCGGUCGUCUGGUUCAAGCAGACCAUCCGUAACGCAUGCGGGCUCAUGGGCCUGCUGCACGCCGCCGCCAACGGGCCCGCGAGGGGGUUCGUGGUUGAGGGCACCGACCUCGACCGGCUCAUCAAGACGGCCGUUCCGCUCGGUCCCGCGGAGAGGAGCAGGCUAUUGGAAACGGACGAGGCGCUCGCGCAAGCGCAUACGGCUGCUGCGACGCAAGGGGAUACCGCGGCGCCUGAUGCCAGGGACGAUGUGGAUUUGCAUUAUGUGUGCUUUGUUAAGGGCAAGGACGGGGCACUCUGGGAGAUGGACGGGCGCAGGAAGGGCCCUAUCAGGAGGGGGAAUUUGAGUGAGGCGGAGGAUGUUCUCUCUGAGAAGGCGCUGGCUUUGGGCCCGCUCAAGUUCUUGGAGAGGGAGGGCGCGGAUUUGAGGUUCAGCUGCGUCGCGCUGGCGGGGAGCUUGGACUGAAAGAUCUUGGGG